CCCGAUCCCCGGGCGAGGAGAGCUGCCCCGACGAUGGAGACGGUCAGCCGCAGCAGCUUCCAGCCCCAUCCCGGCUUGCAGAAGACGCUGGAGCAGUUCCACCUGAGCUCCAUGAGUUCGCUGGGCGGCCCGGCCGCCUUCUCGGCCCGCUGGGCGCAGGAGAUGUACAACAAGCGCGACCCCGCCGGCGCCAAGGAGGCAGCCGAGGCGGUGCUCCACCUGCCGCCCAUCCAGCCUCCGCCGCCCGUCGUGCCGGGCCCCUUCUUCAUGCCCUCCGACCGCUCGACCGAGCGCUGCGAGACGGUGCUGGAGGGCGAGACCAUCUCGUGCUUCGUGGUGGGCGGCGAGAAGCGCCUCUGCCUGCCGCAGAUCCUCAACUCGGUGCUGCGCGACUUCUCGCUGCAGCAGAUCAACGCCGUGUGCGACGAGCUGCACAUCUACUGCUCGCGCUGCACGGCCGACCAGCUGGAGAUCCUCAAAGUCAUGGGCAUCCUGCCCUUCUCGGCGCCCUCCUGCGGCCUCAUCACCAAGACCGACGCCGAGCGGCUCUGCAACGCCCUGCUCUACGGCGGCGCCUACCCGCCGCGCUGCAAGAAGGAGUUCGCCCUCGCCGCCGCCACCGCCUCCGCCGCCGCCGCGCUGGAGCUCGAGCUGACCGAGAAGAGCUUCAAGGUGUACCACGAGUGCUUCGGCAAGUGCAAAGGCCUGCUGGUGCCCGAGCUCUACAGCAGCCCCGCCGCCGCCUGCAUCCAGUGCCUGGACUGCCGCCUCAUGUACCCGCCGCACAAGUUCGUCAUCCACUCGCACAAGUCCCUGGAGAACCGGACUUGCCACUGGGGCUUCGACUCGGCCAACUGGAGGGCCUACAUCCUCCUCAGCCAGGAUUACACGGGCAAGGAGGAGAAAGCCCGCCUGGGUCAGUGCCUCGACGAGGUCAAGGAGAAGUUCGACUACGGCCACCGCUACAAGCGGAAAGCGCCCAGGGUCCCCUCCGAUCCACCCGCCCCCAAGAAGCCCAAAGUCGACGACUCCUCUCCAAUCGCGGGCGAGAAAGAAAAACAGUCCAGUUGGUUGCGGUCCUUGUCCAAUUCGUCCAGCAAGAGCAUUGGUUGUAUACACCCUCGACAGCGCCUUUCUGCGUUCCGGCCCUGGUCCCCUGCUGUUUCAGCCAAUGAGAAGGAGCUCUCAAAUCACAUCCCUGCCUUGAUCCGAGACAGUUUCUAUUCAUACAAAAGUUUUGAAAACGCCGUGGCCCCUAACGUGGCCCUUGCUCCCCCCACUCAACCAAAGAUCCUAAGCAACCCCCCGUGUGCCACUGGCGCAUCGCGGAGCAAUGAGCCACUGAACAGCCCCACCCAACCAAGGAAAAGGAAACAUGCCUCUGAAAACCCAACUGUUCCUGAACCUACACCUGUCGCCGCCACGACACUCUCCGCCACCGCCGUCCCCACCACGGAAGAAGAUAAGGAGUCAGAAGCAGAAAUCGAAGUAGAAACUCGAGAGGAAUUCACCUCCUCGCUGUCCUCGCUCUCCUCCCCUUCCUUCACCUCCUCGAGCUCAGCCAAGGACAUGAGCUCCCCCAGCAUGCAAGCCCCGCCGGCCGUCAGCAGCGCCUUCGAAGUCACUGCCCACGCCGAGCUCCAGGGUGCCGGCAGCGGUUUGGAAGCAGAACUGGAGCACCUCCGGCAAGCCCUGGACAGCGGCCUGGACACGAAAGAAGCCAAAGAGAAGUUCCUCCACGAGGUCGUCAAGAUGCGGGUGAAGCAGGAAGAAAAACUCAAUGCAGCCUUGCAGGCCAAGCGCAGCCUUCACCAGGAGCUGGAGUUCUUACGUGUGGCGAAGAAGGAGAAGCUGAGAGAAGCCACUGAGGCCAAGCGCAACUUGAGGAAGGAGAUCGAGCGACUCCGAGCCGAGAAUGAGAAGAAAAUGAAAGAGGCCAACGAGUCGCGGAUACGGCUAAAACGGGAACUGGAGCAAGCCAGACAGGUCCGGGUGUGCGACAAGGGCUGCGAAGCUGGCCGGCUGCGGGCCAAGUACUCCGCCCAGAUCGAAGACCUGCAGGUGAAACUCCAGCAUGCCGAAGCGGACCGGGAACAGCUGCGCGCUGACCUGUUGCGCGAGAGGGAAGCGCGGGAACACUUGGAAAAAGUGGUCAAGGAACUUCAGGAGCAACUGUGGCCUAAGCAGAGCAAUCUGCCCAGCAGCGAACAUAUGGCAAAGGAUCUGGAGAACUAGAAGCAGCGCUCGCGAAAGGAAUGAGACAUUGUCUAACCCCGUAGGCCAGACUGACAGAUAUGCACAGUAAGGGAUUGUGUGGGGGAGCGGCGCAUGCGCAUGGGGGCUCGCCCCUGUGCAUGCCGGUAAUGGCAGUGGACUUAGUUACUGAUCGGAGGGCAGACGUUACUCGUUAUAACAGAAGCACUGAAAUCCUGUCUUUUUUUCCUUUUUUUUUCCAAAUCCAUAUAGCACAACAUCUUCCUGUGCCUAUAACAUGAAGAGUGUUUAUUAAAACAAAAACUAAACUACUUUUGAGUCCACAGCAAAAAAAAAAAAAAAAGAAAUCUUUUUCUACUGCUCUUCGGGUGUAUCUGGCAACACCCAAGGAAAACGGAAAGGGAGAGAGGAAAAUCCCCUUUUCCGCGCAACACUUUGGAAUUACGAGGACCCUUUUUUGUUAUAAGCUAUUUAAAAAAAAAAAAGUACAAAACGGUUGAGUCACAAAGAUGUGGUAUUGUAACCAUCAACAAGAUUUUUUUAGAAAAUAAAUAUAUUAUAUAUAAAACUGGGGUGGGGGGGGGGCGCGAACAGAGACACUUUUGGAUGCCUCAUUUGUAAAGAUAAAUUGUUAAAGGUGUUGGGUUCUUCCCUAAGAGACGCUUGUCUGAAAAUACCCAACGGUAAGCCAUGACAGUUUUGAACCCUUCAGGGGAUUUCUACGAGAAUUUCAAAACUUUUUAAUUUGUUUCUAGUUUAAAUCCGCAUGUUCCCCCUCCCCCACACACACACCCUGCAUUUGCACCAAUGUUAAGAGAGCCAGAGGGGAAAGGAGAGUGAAGAGUGUAAGCAGCGAAAGGACAUCCAACACGAACCCUCCCCCCCCCCGCCUUAUUAAAGUCAGUGUUUGUAAAUCAUGCCAUAACUCUCCUUUAAAAAAAAAAAAGAUAUCUGUUAUUAACUGAUGUGUUUUUAAAAAAAGACUCGUUUCAUAUCCAGAGCACUUCAGUUUUUAGGAAAGAAAUAGAAGCUGCGUUUUUCUAAAAAAAAAAAAAUUAAAAAAAGUAAAACAAGAGACGGAUGGACCAUGAAGCCGCUUGUGAGAGACGAGAGAGAAAGAAGUGUGUGUGUGUGUGAGACAACAUUUCUUUCCAUUUAUUUUCUUUUAAUUUUUUUCCCUGAAGAACUCAUUCCCAUUUGUUCAUCACCUCAGAAAUUCAGUAUUUUCUUGACUUGCAGUCACGUGUGAGGACUUGGGUGCCCCCGGAAGAUGGCUCAACGUUGUAUUAAAGAGACAAAAAGAGACUUUUUGCUGCUGUGAAUAUAAGCCUACAUUUCUUAUUCUUUAGGUUUUGUUUUUUUUUAAAAGGGGGGGGGGGGUCUUUAUUUUUGUGACAAAUAUUUUAAUCUUGGGAUCUCUGCUGCAGCUCCUUCCCAACCCAGCCAUGGAUCUAAAGAAAUAUGCAUUCACACGCUCAGGGCAAAAUCCUAUUCCCGGUGGGAGUUUUGCUUCGACAGGAUUGGGGCCAACGUUUCAGUAACCAGCUGGAUUCUUGUUUCUUUCUUUUUAAAAGAAAAAAAAAAGUUUGUCAAGAACUGUGCUCUCUUCCUCGUUUCCCCCCCUGCUUCCCCCUCAUUCCUCGGUUGCCAAUUUUGCCGGCCUGCCAUUGCGCGUUGGAGUGGGUUUGGGUACUGUCGAUCCAUUUCAGGCUCAAGUUGUGCUGGCUUAACUCUAGCAAUUAUGUUGUACAAGAUGCAAACAAAACUGGGGAGGUGGCAGGCAUUCCAGAGUCAGGUUUCCAAAUUUAGUUCUUUAGGCCUCCAAUGGUUGAACAAUUGGUGUUUCUUCCAUGGCCAUUUUGCUGUGUGUGGGAAGGAGGGGAGGCGCCACCACCGUCAUUCCCCUCCACCCUGGCAAUACUCCGACAUGUGAAUUCACCACAAUGACCACGGCUCUUCUCUUGCCCUCUAAAGCGCAUUUCCAGAACUAUUUUCUGGGAUGUUCCGGAACAUUUAUCGGAACUGUUUCCCUGAAUCCGUUCCCCGGCCUUUCGACAGGUCACUUAUUCAAAAAAAAAUAAUGGACUUUUGAUUCUGAAAUGGAGAGGGGGGACACAGAUCACUCUCUGGGAUGCCUGCCCCUCCCCUGGUGUAUCAACACUGAUGGGACAUUAUCCUCUGCUAAUGAAACUUUUCCUUCGCUAAGUCGCUGCCAGUCCUAAAAUUAAAGUAUUUACUUACAAGUACACUAGGUAAUUUUUUUUAAAAAGCGAACUGUAUUAAAAUAAAGUUAUUACCCAUUCUAAUAGCCGUUGUUAAGCAUGAACAUUGGAAGGAGAAAGUAAAGUUCAUUUCGGGGGAGGGAGAGGCUGGUAACAAAAAACAUAAUAAAAAGAAAGAUUAUAUUAGAAAAAAGUCAGGUUACUUAGGCAAAAUAAAUUAAGGGGAGCAAAAAAAAAAAAAUUUUUUUUUUAAAGCUGUACGAAAUAAUUUGCAUGAAACGAGCCCCGUUGUCCAAGGUUACAGGGGUUUUGCCCUGGUUCAAUUGUGAUGAGCAGAUCCCAUUCUCCCUCUUCUAAAGUGCAAUGCAAACAGAUUAUUGAUUGUGUUUAUGCAGUUAUUUUUUUUUUAAAUGUGGGGAUUUUUUUUUUUAAAAAAAAGCUUCUUUGUAUGUUUUUUUCUGCAGUUAUUAAAAAAAACAUAUGCAUGGAAUUAAAACCUUUGCCAUACAUAUAUUAAUCAA